GCGGCUCGUUGGGCCCCCGCAGGUGCGCGCGGCUGGGGCCGGGGAUGCGGCGGCCGUAGGGAGCGCGCGGGGGGCGGCGGGGCCUCGCCAUGCGCUACAGCGAGCGGGAGCUGCUGUCCCUGUCCCGGCAGCCGGCCGAGAAGGCGGCGGAGAUCCUGAUGCGGGUGCCCAAGAAGGGGAGCGUGCUGAAGAAACGCCUCGUGAAGCUUGUUGUCAACUUUCUCUUCUACUUCCGAACAGAUGAAGCGGAGCCAAUUGGAGCUUUGCUGUUGGAGCAUUGUAAAAUCACCAAAGAAGAGGAGAAUGUCUUUUCAAUCAGUUUCAUUGAGGAACCGGACAGGAAAUAUUUCUUUGAAUGUGACACCGAGGAGCAAUGCCAGGAGUGGAUUGAGGCGCUCCGAAGAGCCAGCUACGAGUUCAUGAGAAGAAGUUUGAUUUUCUAUCGGAAUGAGAUUCAGAAGAUGACAGGGAAGGACCCCCUGGAGCAGUACGGAAUCUCCGAGGAAGCCCGAUUCCAGUUGGGAACACGCAAGCUCUAACCUGGCAGCCUCCGUCCCCACUCACCCACCCCCAGUGGGGCUUAACUGGCAUUCAUCCACCUCUUUGUGGGGUGAAAACACCAACCCCCUGCCGGGGGGAGCGCCUGGGACCAAGUGACUUAUUUAUGGGCCAGAUCAUUUGUAUGUUUUUUUGUUUUUUUAAUGGAUUCAUUGCACACUCCCCUUCCUGUUUGUCUUCAGCCCCUCGGAGCUCCCAUCUCCCUGCUGGGUUGUAGAAGCAGCAAGUCUUAACUGGCCACUGCUGUGUCCGCUUUAACUUGAUCGACCAUAAAACUUAGGCUAGGCUGAGGGACUAAUGGGCUGCCCCGUCCUUAGAUGCUUGCUGCGAGGGCUGCUGAAAGCCCUCAUCAGGAGUCCCAGGGGUCUGGGGAUUUCAGCUAUGUGGAAACAAGGCUGGUCUCCCCCCGUGGGAGCAGCCCAGUGGUCUUCCAGCAUGUGGUGCUAUUAUAAGGCAGGGACGAUCUGGUGUAGAGGGCCAGUGUCUGUUUUAUGCCAAAAACAUGCCCUUGGUGGCAGCAUUUCUGCUGGGAAUGGCCUCAGGGCUUUGGCCAGCCAGUUCUGCAGAGAGCCUGCCGCACCCCCUGGUGGCUGGAGUUUGGCACCUGGGUGCUCUGAGCCAAGGGGUGGCUCAUGCUCUGUUGGUUUUUGGAAAACUGGCUAAUCUCAAAGGGAGGACGAGGGUCUUGCUUUAAGGGGGUGUUUUCUGGCUGAUCGCCCGAUUCCUUUGCUCACAGCAGUGGGGUCCUGGGCCUUGAAAUGCCAGACGCGCCCUCGCUUGAACUCUGUCGGGCCUACUCCAGCCGCUAGAUCUGCACUGUUCAGCUCUGGAAGAUAGAUGCAGGGAGCAGCUGGUUCAGGUAGGGGAAGCCCUCCUCUGUUCUGGAUGGCUACCCCCAGCUGGAGGGAGGAGGAGCUGGCCCUUACUCUAAACAGGGUUAACUUGUCAUGUUACUGCAGGGUAGCUGCUGGUGCUCCAGCUGACACUGUGGCUGCAGGGGGCAGUGUCUUCAUUUCCUUACACGUACACGCAGCAGCAGCGAUUGCAUUGUGAGGGGCACAGGGCAGCAGCAACUAGACAGGGGUACUGUGGCCUGUCUCAGCUCAACGCUCUCCCUAGGGUCGGCUUUUGAAUUAAGGCAAAUUAAUCCAGCUACCAGGAGCCACCCUACAGCAUCUUAAAACGCACGGCCAACGUCCUGCACAGGUGUGGGGGUGUGGCUUUCUCACCAGUGCCGGGGAGUGAGCAAGGCAAGGGUUUGAAAGACACCUGCAGUGAGGCAGUCUAAACCAAACUCCUCCCCCCGACCUUGAGAGCAAGCUGUGGUUCCUAGUGGCAUUGUUCCCUUGCCUAGGAGUGCUGUGCUGUCAUGGGCUUCCCGGAGCAGGUGGCCUGCAGGGUGGAUGCUGGUGUAGUCCCCUUUACUGGCAGUGUGAGAGGUAGAACCACACCCUGUCCAUACCGAGCUGGGAGACUGGGUCCCCCACCAUGAAUAGUUGUACAGGACUGCUUCAGGCUUUACUCACUAUACAAUCCACCUCACUUGUCUCUGCGGCUUCCCUCCUCCUCAGCUGCUUGAGCAGAAAAGACCAAAGCAAUCCAGUGAUUUCUGGAGACCUGCCCUCGUUUUCUCUUACGGUGCUUCUCUCCAAAGCAGCCCCAAGGGGAGGCCCCAGCGGCAGGCCCCCUUCUCCCUGCUGGCUUUAGUCAUCAAUAACCAGCAAGGACCAGCAUUUUCCCCCUCGCACCUCUGCAGAGAUUUGCUUUUGGAUGGAAACAAAGGGCCACCUUCUUUAACUGCUGUAAGGCUGCCAGCAAUGAAGUUACAGCCAGGCCCAAGUUGUGUGGCAGGGCUACUGCCAAGCCAGGUAGCUCUAGCCCUCUCACCAGCCUUGAACCUACUGGCUAAGCAGUGUAGAGGCUGUUAGCACAAACCAACACAAGUGCACAGGGACUAACCCUGAAGCUACAAGGCAGCUUUCUACUGCCGGAUGCAAUUGCUUGAGGGAUGCAGCACUGUUACUUAGGAGGCUCCCAAGGAGGAAAUAAUUAGGAUUUAGAACAUUAGUAGAGGCUCAUUGUUUUAGUACAAGACAUCAGCUACCUCCAACAGAGGUGGGAGAUAGGGGGCCUACCCACCUCUUCAGCAGGACCACUUGUGUUCAAUGGAGGCUGUUGCUAGUAGCUUCUACAUGCAGCAGACAAGCCCUAUACAGUGUGGUAAAGAAGAUGUAUUACACUCAUUUAACUGAUCUUUUGUCCUGGCCAUCUAGAUGGUCUGCUAUUAGAGCAGCCUGGGUGAUUGGUGGAAGCUGUGACUCACUAAGACUGCUCCGGGGUGAAGGCUCUGGAACACCUGGGGAGCAUAGCUCUGCCUUCCUGUUCAUUGCCCCGGGGAAGCAGCAAGAGAGGAUUAAGCAAGAGCACAUUAGAGCUUGUGCUUUAGAGAAUGACCUCAGCUGCCCCUGUACUGUGUUCUCAAGCAGUCCUUUUCUUGGCCUUUGCUGGUGCCCUGAGGUAGAGCAGAACGACGCUCCCCUCUGAGGUUAAGGCAAUGUUAGUUCAAAUAUGGUUCUUGCUAUCUAGGGGCUGCUAACCUUUCCAAGCUUACUAGGGCAGUUGUCCUUUGUUACCAUUAAAAUCUUUGCCCACUUUCACCUAAGUUGAUGCAAAGGCUCCAUAUCAACUGACCUGUGAAAUGGUGUUCAAGAGCCUGCUUUGAACUCUGUUGUAACGGUUACGCUCCCAUCCCUGCUGCGUCAGCAGCUAGAUAGCAAGAAUCUUAUUCCCAGGGUCUCAUCUCCUGUAAGUCAGCUAAGACAACUCAGCCUAAGCCAGGAGCAGGCGUUUUAUUAACUCCAUAACAUUGGUACAGCACAUUAGGGACGCUGGAGCUUUAAGAUAGGAGAAAGCUGAGAAAUGCAGUAGUUUCUUACAGAAUAAGCCAGCUCUAAAUUAUGGAAAGAUUACACCCAAUAUUUCUCUCUCUCCUGUUCAAAGCCUGUCUGCUUUUGUGCACUUGCCUUUAGAAUCAGCAUUGCUUAGUACGCUGGCUGCCUCAAUUCUGUUUGUUUUACUGGACUGGCUCUUAGCACCUCUCAACUUACUUGAGAAAUCUUUACUAUUUAAAAUCCUAGCAGGUGGCCAUUUGAACAUAGCUCGCGACAGCCAAGAUUUCAGAACUGGAGCAUUGGUCACUGUUGUUGCAGGUUACUUAGAGCAGUCAAACUACUGUAUAAAUAUUCCCUCUUCUGCCUUCCCUGUACAAAAACACUAGCUUUUUCUUGUUACCCUUUCAAAGGGCAGACCUUAAGCUUACGGUUAUCAUUGCACACUGUAUAGAAAUGGGCAUUUUGUUUGGGAGUGGGGUAAGGUGAGCAAGAAACAGCUCCAGCUAUUUGCUUAGAUUAGGAGGUACGUAAAUUUCACUUUCAUUACUUAAUUGAAUGUAUGAAGACAGAUGCUGUGAAUAGUUAUCUGAGCAUGGGUGGUGCCCAGUAACUCACUAGAACUAGCUUUACAUUUCAGGAUGAAGGGGGAACAGUUUUAGGAAUCUGCUAUCACUGGUCAUUUAUAUACAAGUUUAUUACCUGUUCAGGUUCUAUUUUCAUGUUGGUGGUUAGUUGCCCUAACAAAGGCAUUCUAGACUGAUGCUGUUCAUAGAUUGUACAAUCAAUGUUUGAAAUAAACACCACCUUUAAUUGUUUUGA